GCUGGCUGACGCACGGAUCUCCCGCGAUCAAGGCAUCAUGCCCGCAGUUGACCAAGUCCGCCAGACUUCAGCCUCGGAAUGUCGCCGGAGGUCAUUCCCACACGCUUCAUGGCGCAGUUGAGGUCGACAUGGGGAAUUCUAGUAGUACGAAUAAGAUAACGCCCCGAGACAAGGCAAUUCUGGACCUGAAAGUCCAGCGUGACCAGCUGGAAAAGUACCAGAAGCGCAUAUCCGUCAUAACCAACCGUGAGAAGGAGAUUGCAAAGGAAUGCCUACGGCGGGGUGACGAGCGGUCCGCAAAGCUAGCAUUGCGACGGAAGAAAUACCAGGAGAGCCUGUUGGAGAAGACGGAUGCGCAGUUGGCACAGUUGCAGAUACUCACCAGCGAUGUCGAGUUCGCGCUGGUACAGAAGGAUGUGCUUUUUGGUAUACAGCAAGGCACGCAGGUCCUGAAGGAGAUUCACAGGGAGAUGGGCGGCAUCGAGAAUGUCGAGAAGCUACUGGGUGAGAGUGAAGAGGCAAGAGCUUAUCAAGAGGAAAUCAGCGAGCUACUAGCGAAUAAGAUGUCCAACCAGGACGAGGAUGAAGUAGAAGAUGAGCUGGAGGCCCUGGAAGCCGAAGUAUCAGGCGUCAAGCUACCUGAAGCACCCGGAAACCGGAUCGACUUAACUGAAGAGCAGAAAGCAGCGCGGGCAAAGGAACGUGCAAGACGAAGGGCACAGGAGCGGGCUGCUGGCCAGGCCGCUGAACCCAUGGCGGCAUGAACUUGCAUUUCCGGCGUUUACUCCUCCUGUAGAGCCUUUACAGCGAGGCUCUGGAGGACAUUUGAUGUUGUUCGGUGUCUGCCAUGAUGACAACCGUCAGGCUAGCAUCUUGAUAUCAGGAAUCUAGACCUUACUAUAGGUCAAAGAAGCAUACUUGUUAAUCCACCCACAGACACCACGUUUCGGCAUGUGACGCGCAAUUCA